AUGGUGCUGGAGAAGACUCCUCGCGCGAGCGGACGGAAUUCGAACGGUUCCUCCGGGAAGCAGCUGUGCGCGCUUCAGCAAUCGCCCCAGCCCCGUCACCACCGCCACCCGCAGCCUGGGAGCGGCACUUGCAAGGCGCCGUUGCCGCCCCCGCCGCGGCUCCGCUCGCCCUGCUCCGCCGUCGUCGGAGGCGGCGCCCUUCUCCGCCCGGGCUCCCAGACGAACGGCGUGCAGCGGCAGAGGCGGCUGGCGGCCAACGCUCGCGAGCGGCGCCGGAUGCACGGGCUGAACCACGCUUUCGACCAGCUGCGCAACGUCAUCCCCUCCUUUAACAACGACAAGAAGCUCUCCAAGUACGAGACGCUGCAGAUGGCGCAGAUCUACAUCAGCGCCUUAGCCGAGCUCCUGCACAGCCCGCUGCCGCCCGAGAGCGCCCCCUGCGGCAAGGGCCCUUCCCUUCCGCCUGCCGCCCAGACUUACGAGCGCUCGCCUUGUACCCCUCCGGGAGGGGGCGCUCUGCAGCCCCGGGCCCAGGUUGCGGGCCCCGGCAGGACGCGUUUCCCCCUAGAAUCGCCUGCGGGGACAGGAGGGGGCUACUCCUUGCAGCCAGAUCCGCUGCAUUUCCCUUCCUUCACGGACGGCGCCCUCCUGGGGCAAAAAGCCCCCUCGCCGGGCCAGCUUCUCCAGCCGCCUGGCCAGCAGCUCCCCGAGCGGAGAAAAACCUCGCCUCCAGCCCACCGCAGCGACGGGGAGUUCUCGCCUCGAUCGCAUUACAGUGACUCGGAUGAAGCCAGCUAAGGCGCGCGCGCCGUUGCACGGAAGGGACCCAAGGAGGCGGUUUCGGCUGCUCUCCAGAUCUACGCUUAGCUGGACCCGAUGGGGAACGGGGGUGGCUGGGUAGACGGGGGUUGUUCAAAAGAUAAUGUCUGGCGUUUAGAGGGCAGCAAGAUCAUGGCCAAAGGUAGAUCAGCCCUACCAGCUCCGUUCGUUCCGACGCGGUUUCUCUUAUCUAGAAGUAAGCGUUUAUACUGGGCGGUUUUAGAAAGGUAGUGAAAGCUGAUUGACUCGUAUGUAAAGAUUUGUCCGAGAUCAUUUCGGAAGCGAAGCCCUUUAUUGCAGUGGGACCUUCCUCCCAAAUAAUUGCUCUUAGCUAUUUUUUUUCCUUUUAGAUUUUUAGACGUUGAAUCGAAAAUCAUCUCCUAUUGUUCCGUUUUGUUUUAUUGUUAAGUCCACUGCUAGAAUCAAUUCGCGUAGACACCAAACGCAGUAAAAACAGAUUUGGGAAUGGAGGCUCCGGAGAUCCAGUCAAAAUUAAGAACUGUGUUUAAAAAAAAAAAGAGCAUAGCUAUGGCCAGGCUUUCUUGAAAGUAAGUUCUCAAACAAUGGACUUCCUAUUAAGAGAAGUUCUUCAACCGACUAAAACCAACACACACUAAGUCUGCACAACAAGGCUUAGUGUGCCAUGUGUCUCAAGCCAAGUUAUGAUUUGUUUGGAGUUUUAACGAACAUCGUUUCGGACGUUGUGUGAACACAGUAUUUGAAAAACGAUCUUGGAAUGAGCAGUGGGGAGGGGGAGGGGAGGGGAGACCUAAAGAGAGAGAGAGAGUCUCUUGGUGACAAGUCCCUGCGGUUGGUUAGAAGCAUUUUGCCACUGA